AUGGCGGCGGCCAGGAGCGAAACCAGCAAGACGAUUCUCAAUUACGUCAUCGACACGUCGGUGCUGCCGCGCGAGCUGGACUGCAAGCGCGACCUGCGCCUCGUUACCGACAAGCACGAGCGGUUUUUCAUGCAGUCCUCCCCGGACGAGGCGCGGCUGCUGCAGAUGCUGAUCAAGCUCACCGGCGCGCGCCGCACCCUCGAGGUCAUUGCCGUCGACGUGAGCCGCGAGUACUACGACAUCGGCCGCCCCUUCAUCGAGCGCGCCAGCGUCGCGGGCAAGGUCGACUUCUGCGAGGGCCCCGCGCUGGAGCACCUGGACGCGCUGCUGGCCGACGAGGGCAACCACGGCGCCUUCGACUUCGCCUUCGUCGACGGCAACAAGCCCAACUACAUGCGGUACCACGAGCAGCUGCUCCGCCUGGUGCGGGUCAGCGGCGUCAUCGUGUACGACGACAAGCUGUGGGUGGGCAUGGUGGCGCUGCCGCCCGACGCGCCCCUGUCAGACUUUGACCGCCGCACCUCGGCUGUUAUGCGAGACCUCAACACCAUGCUCGUCGCCGACGAGCGUGUGGACGUGUGCCAGCUCACCAUCGCCGACGGCGUCACCAUCUGCCGCCGCCUCGUGUGA